AUGGAUUCUGGGAAACCGCACCGAGAGUCUGAGUGGGGUCAUGUUUUUGGAUCUUCGGCCCUGACCUGGUCACCGGCACAGGGGACUGCCGAAGCUGGUCUGGACGCAGCCGUAAUCUUCAUCAUGGUGCAGAUGAAGGCAGUGGAACUCAUCUUCAUCACUCUCAACCACAACAUCACUUUUAUAGGGAAACUCUGGCUGGUUCUGUUCAUCUUCCUGAGGGUUGUUGUGCUUAUUUUUGCCGGCUUUCCCCUUUUCCACGACGAGGAGGAACGAUUUGUAUGCAACACCAUCCAACCAGGCUGCGUCAACAUGUGUUACGACUUAUUCGCUCCCCUCUCUCUGUGUCGUUUUUGGUUCCUUCACAUGGUGUUCCUCUGUGUUCCUCCAGCUGUGUACAGCACAUAUCACACACACGGCGUCCUGUCAAGGCUGAACCAUCACUCUGCCUACACAGACACUUCAUCAGGUGGAACCAACAUCCAUUCACCCAUAGGGGCAGGGGGAACCUUCACAGGGGCGUACCUCUUGCACCUGGGCCUUCGGAUGUUCCUGGAGGUGUUCUUCGGCAUGGGUCAGUGUUUCCUGUUUGGUUUGUCUGCACGACAAACUUUCACCUGCUCCCAGAUGCCCUGUGCUUCUGUUGAGUGUUUCACCUCUAGGCCAACAGAGAAGAGCUUCCUGCAGCAAAGGAUGCUGGGUAAUGUAGUUCUGUCCCUGCUCAUUAGUGUGGCAGACUUGCUGUGUGUACUCAGGCAGGAGAGUGGGAAGAGGAGGGGGCUAAGGGAGGGGGAAGAGAGAGAGAGAAAGAUGAGGAGUGCCACAUUGAGCUUUGGCUGUUUUAAAGAGGAGAAAUCCAUUCCUGUAAGGAGGAGAACACCUACUGACCACGCCCAUGUCACCUCCACCGUGGCCUCUCCUGCUGACGCUACGCGUGUGAACUCACACCCUCCGUCACAUAGUCCAGAGGGGAGUUCUGAGAUGGGAGGGAGUCAGCUCCCCGGCCACACCCCCGGAGCCCAGGCCUGA